AUAAUUCUCACCCCCUCCCACUGGACGGCUGGCCGCAAUUUUUCUAAGGUGGGAUGGAUAGCAGGGUCUCGGGUCCAGCCAGUAAUGGAGAGACAAAACCAGUGUACCCAGUCACGGAAAAGGCAGAGGAAGAUGGCACCCUGGAACGGGGGCACUGGAACAACAAGAUGGAGUUUGUGCUGUCAGUGGCCGGGGAGAUCAUUGGCCUGGGCAAUGUCUGGAGGUUUCCCUAUCUCUGCUACAAAAAUGGGGGAGGGGCCUUUUUCAUCCCCUACCUCAUCUUCCUCUUUACCUGUGGCAUUCCCGUCUUCCUCUUGGAGACAGCACUGGGCCAGUACACCAGCCAGGGAGGCAUCACAGCCUGGAGAAAGAUCUGUCCCAUUUUUGAGGGCAUCGGCUAUGCCUCCCAGGUCAUCGUGAUUCUCCUCAACUUUUACUACAUCAUUGUCCUGGCCUGGGCCCUCUUCUACCUCGUCAGCAGCUUCACCAUUGACCUCCCCUGGGGAAGCUGCCACCAUGAGUGGAAUACAGGUAAGGAGACUCCCCAGGGGUUCAUGUCCUCCUUCUGCUACAACACAUUUACCAAAGUGGAAAACGCCACCUCUCCGGUCAUCGAGUUCUGGGAGCGGCGGGUCCUGAAGAUCUCUGAUGGCAUCCACGACCUGGGGGCCCUGCGCUGGGAGCUGGCCCUGUGCCUCCUGCUCGCCUGGGUCAUCUGCUACUUCUGCAUCUGGAAGGGGGUCAAGUCCACAGGCAAGGUGGUGUACUUCACAGCCACGUUCCCUUACCUCAUGCUGGUGGUGCUUUUAAUCCGAGGGGUGACACUGCCUGGGGCAGCCCAAGGAAUUCAGUUUUACCUGUACCCAAACCUCACACGUCUGUGGGACCCCCAGGUGUGGAUGGACGCGGGCACCCAGAUCUUCUUCUCCUUCGCCAUCUGUUUAGGGUGCCUGACGGCCCUGGGCAGCUACAACAAAUACCACAACAACUGCUACAGGGACUGCAUCGCCCUCUGCUUCCUCAACAGCGGCACCAGCUUCGUGGCCGGCUUCGCCAUCUUCUCCAUCUUGGGCUUCAUGUCUCAGGAGCAGGGGGUGCCCAUCUCUGAGGUGGCCGAGUCAGGCCCCGGCCUGGCCUUCAUCGCCUACCCCCGCGCUGUGGUGAUGCUACCCUUCUCUCCUCUCUGGGCCUGCUGCUUCUUCUUCAUGGUGGUGCUCCUGGGACUGGACAGCCAGUUUGUGUGCGUGGAGAGCCUCGUGACUGCGCUGGUGGACAUGUACCCCCGUGUAUUCCGCAAGAAGAACCGCAGGGAGCUCCUCAUCCUGGGAGUCUCGGUGGUCUCCUUCCUCGUCGGGAUGGUCAUGCUCACAGAGGGCGGGAUGUAUGUGUUUCAGCUCUUUGACUACUAUGCAGCCAGCGGGAUGUGCCUCCUGUUUGUGGCCAUCUUUGAGUCCCUCUGUGUGGCUUGGGUUUAUGGAGCCGGGCGCUUCUAUGACAACAUUGAAGAUAUGAUUGGGUACAGGCCAUGGCCUCUCAUCAAGUACUGUUGGCUCUUCCUCACACCAGCUGUGUGCACAGCCACUUUUCUCUUCUCUCUGAUCAAAUACACCCCACUCACCUACAACAAGAAGUACACGUACCCGUGGUGGGGAGACGCGCUGGGCUGGCUCCUGGCUCUGGCCUCCAUGGUCUGCAUCCCCGCCUGGAGCUUCUACAAACUCAGCACACUCAAGGGCUCCUUCAGAGAGAGAAUUCGCCAACUUGUGUGCCCGGCUGAGGAUUUGCCCCAACGGAAGCGGAAGCGGGGCGGAGUAGAGCCCCCUGCUUCUGCCACACCCCGGACAUCACUCCUGAGACUCACAGAACUGGAGUCUCACUGCUAGGGAGCUGCCCCGCCUCGGCCGGGCCGCUGCAGCGAGAGGGCAGAGGCCACCUCCUCGCCGUGCUUCUUUGCCCCUGUCUGGGGCAGAUAUGACAAAGGGGGUAUUUGGGAACCCACUUUCUGAGCUGGGGCCUCCCACCCCCAGUGACAACUGUGAGAUGCCAGUAUCAAGAGCUUUCCUCUGAAAAGGGCUUUGGGGGUUGGGCGAGGCCUGGGGCGGGGUGAGAGCUCUGGGCUCCCCCACCC